CGAUACCCCGCCGCGCAAGGCAGCGAGAGGCGCGCGCGAAUGGGAGUCUGAGAUGCGUGCUUUUGUGCCUUGGCGGCUUGGCAUUUAGGGUAAUUAAUAGAGAUGGAGCAGAGGUACUGGGCACAAGCGUUGCUCUAUCGCUCUCACCUCUUAUCAAUCCAAGACGGGGAGACGCCCUGGAGGUGCAGCCGUGCGGGUCCGGCGGCUCGCCUCCCGCGCUCUCCUAGCGGCCAUGGGGCUGGUGGUGAGUGCUACCAUGGGAAGCGGCUGAAGUUGCUGGACAACGGGACCAGGGAUGGAUGUCCCCCCGACGGCAAGCAAAGGUUCUCCUCUUCUUUGUCUCAUGCACAACAUUUGGAAUUAGGUGAUCAGCAAUCACGGAGAUCUCUGCUGUGGCUAAUGAAGAAAAAUUCAGGUUUUCAGUUGAGGAACAGUGGAGGACUGACAAACUAGAUUUACAAUUUCAGGAAAAUAGGUGCUCAAACAUGACGCAUCUGUACUUUUGUAUAUCCCAUGCU